AUGGCCCAGGUCAUUGGCAACCAGGCUCCUUAUCUCCAUGAGCCUCAGACAAGUGAUGUGCUCAGAGAGUCGGGACAGGCAGUGACUCCCGGCCCGUCCAAUGAGGUCUCCAGAGCGCAGGCCGCAUCCUCGGACGCUGUACGCAAUUCGAGGACCAGGACGGUAAGCUUCAACGAUGUGGAGUCCGUACACUCUCCGCAGGAACACACUCUAGGCGUCCAGUCUCAGUUCACCACCAACAGCAGCCGGUUGUCCAGAAGGUUGCAGCGUGCCAGCGGCAGGUCCCUGUGGCGAUAUCCAAGCAACACCGGGCAGGUGCCGCGUUACAUGCAGAGGGCCUUCCGUGUAAAGACUUUUGGCCUCCUGGCGCUGCAGCUGCUCGUGGCCCUGGCGAUUGGGGCGGUGAUGAGCUACUUAAAGCUCUGGAAAGAGUUUGAGAUCCCUUCGAGUCCGGCAGUCACGGAGGUCAUCACCUACAGCACGGGCGCCGUCAAUCUGCUCUGCGUCCUGCUUCUACACUUUUUGUCAGACAGGUUCCCGGCGAACUACCUGUGUUUGCUGCUCACGACAAUGGUCUCGGGAUUUUUUUGGGGACUGACGCACCUGGCGCCCCAGUUCGGAGAUGAGCUGGUGCAUGUACAGAUUGGCCUGAUCCUGUUUAUUACCAUGUUUGUGGCGGCAGUGGUCUCGUACAUCCUGGACAGCCGGGAAGAGAAGAUCACUGGCUCCAGCUUGAUUGCGAUCUCCCUUGGCUCUGGCUACCUCCUGGGCGCAAUAACCAAUGUGCUCCUCUUCACCCUCGUUCUGGAAGCCACACCGUUUCAAAUCUUUGGCGGGAUAGGCUUCGCGCUGCUGCUGCUAGGGAUUCUGCUGCUGGAUGUGGGUGGUUUGCUGAUCACCUGCCAGCCAGACGAUUUUAUGACCGUCAUUGUGGCGAUGAACUCCACCCUCCUGGUCAUUGUCAGCAUUCCCUUCUUCUUCCUGGGCUUUUGCAUUCUUAGGUUGGGCGAGGCGAGGGAGGUGGAGGAGCCUCAUGCUCCAGAGAUUCCAGAGGCGAAUUCAAGAAGGUAA